UGUUAUUAUUAAUAAUUACCUGUUAUUUGACAGUUGACAGUUCGGCUUGACAAAUAACAAUUUAUAAAAUGUAAACUUCAAAGUCAUAAAAUGUUUUCAAAGACUGUAAAGUAAUAUUUCUAAAUAAAAUAAAAAAUAUAAAAAAAGAAUAAUGAAAAACACUGACGCCGAACGUUUGAAUCCAUGUUUUAAGGAGCAGGAGAAAUCUUAUGAAUGCUUGAAUAAAAAUGGAUUUGUUCAAGAAAAAUGUGAAGCCUAUUUCGAUAAUUACAACACAUGUAAAAAAUUCUGGGGUAAAGUUUUCAAAGAUAGAAAAGCGAGAGGUUUGACACCUUAUUUACCAGAUAUUGCAGAUAGAGAAAGAAUAAAAGGAGAGUAUAUACAGAAAAUAAAAAACAAUACAGUGUAAUUUGCAUAAAUAUAUUACAAAAUAGUUAGUACAGUGUGA